ACUAGCUCUGCGUCACAGUAACGCAUUCGUACAAUUCAGAACACAACACGCCAACCCAGACACCCGGAAGAUUCAAACGCGCUACCAGGACGUCAGAAUGAAUCGUUUUAAGACUUCCAAAUAUAAGAACACCACUCCGAAAAUCCCCAAGAAAGAUGGCUGGAUUUCUAAUGUAAAAGGUGGCAGCUUUACUUCUCAAGGGAACCACAUCAAAUCCAGCUGCAGUCUGGUGGCCUUCAAUACAGAUCAGGCUGGUGGUGGAAUUGUCGGCUUGUCCUCUUUGAAUCCUGGAUCUGAUGGGAAAUGGACCGUGACCCAGAUUCCAUGUCAUGCUGACCAGGUGACUGACCUGGACUUCUCUCCAUUCGAUGACCAUCUGCUGGCAACCUGUUCGGCUGAUGAGACCGUGAAGCUGUGGCGUGUGAGUGAUCCGGGUCAGGAUCAGCCCGGCGGUGCCGAGGUGACUCUGAGUCCUAAAGAAGGUCGACUGGAGAUUCUUCUCUUUCAUCCGGUGGCCUCAGAUCUGCUCGCCGUGGCGUCUACAAAGGGAGUCCAGGUGUGGGACGUGAAGCGAGACUCCGCCCUUACAGUACUGGAACAGCAUGCGGAUCAGAUUCAGGGUCUGUCCUGGAAGGAAGAUGGUACGCUGUUGGCUUCGUCAUGCAAGGACAAGAAGUUGCGUAUCUUUGACCCCAGGGCUCAGCCGUCAGCGGUUCAGUGCGUUCAAGGACUUCAGGGUAACAAAGACUCUCGCAUCCUUUGGGUCAAAGAUGACCACUUGAUCACCACUGGCUUUAACCAGGUACGUCAGCAGGAAGUGAGACUGUGGGACAGCAGGAAGUUCAGCUCAUCUCUCAGCUCUGUGUCUUUGGCCACCUCCAAUGCGACUCUGAUGCCUCUGUUUGAUCCUGAUACUGGACUGCUCAUAGUGUCUGGAAAUGGCGAGAGUGUUAUCGACUGUUUCGAGCUGACUCUCAGUGCACCUUUCUUCCCACAAGUGAGUCACUGUUUGACUGACACCUCGACUCGUGGCGUCGCUUUGGUUCCCAAACUGGCUGUGGAUGUGAGCUGUUGUGAGGUGUUACGAGUUCUCCAGCUCACUGAUAACUUCAUAGUGCCCAUCAGUUACCAGGUGCCACGUAAGGCAGGACAGGACUUCCAUGCUGACCUGUAUCCAGAUACUUUAGGACACACUCCAGGAAUGACAGCCGAUGAUUGGUGGAAAGGAGAAAACAAACAGGUGGAGAGAGUCAGUCUUAACCCAAGCAAGAGGCCAAAAUCCAGCACUCCAUCAGCUAAGAAGCCAUCGCAGGACAUUACUCGUGACAAGAGCAAAGAGGAAACCUCGACCUCCAGCAGUCCCCUCAGCUCCCCCAGCAGCAGUGCCGUCCCAUCACGCUCUCCGUCCUCCACCAGCGGCCUGUCGUCUGGCUUCCAGCCGAGCCCAAGCCCCAGUCAAAGCUCCCGCGCCAUCCAAAACAUGCUUGGCCCAAGCUCCAAGUUUCGUCACAUUCAAGGGGCCGUUCUGCAUCGGGACACCCACAUCACCAACCUACGUGGGCUUCACCUAACCACUCCCGGCGAAUGUGAUGGCUUCUGUGCCAAUGGGGAGCGAGUAGCGGUUCCUCUCGCCAUCGCUGGGGGCCAGAUUGCUGUUUUUGAGCUGUCUCAACCUGGAAAGUUGCCGGACACGGCCCUGCCCACCAUCCAGAACUCGGUCAAUGUGGCCGACUUCUGCUGGGACCCAUUUGACACACACAAACUGGUUGUGGCCGGUGAUGAUGCCAAGAUCCGUGUGUGGCGUAUUCCCAAAGGAGGCCUGAAAGAAACCCUGACUGAGCCGGAGUGCGUCCUGCGGGGACACACCGAGAAGAUCUACUCCAUCAAGUUUCACCCGCACGCCUCAGGACUGCUGGCGUCCUCGUCCUACGACCUCACGGUGCGACUGUGGAACCUGGAGACGGGUGAGGAAGUCAAGCGACUCGGUGGACAUCAAGACCAGAUAUUCGCACUGGCUUGGAGCCCAGAUGGAAAACUGCUGGCCACCGUGUGUAAAGAUGGAAAAGUGCGUCUGUAUGACCCACGCAAGUCCACUUUACCCAUUCAGGAGGGUCCAGGUCCUGAGGGCCAGAGGGGGGCGCGUGUAGUGUGGGUCUGUGAUGGUAAAUACCUGCUUGUGUCAGGAUUCGACUGUCGCAGUGAGAGACAGCUGUACCUGCUCUCUGCCGAGUCCUUGGCCACCGUGGCCUCUUCACCUGCUGAUGUAUCCCCGUCGACUCUUAUCCCGUUUUAUGACCCGGACACCAGCGUCCUCAUCCUUACCGGGAAGGGUGACACGAGGGUUUAUAUCUAUGAGAUCGUGCCAGAAGCGCCGCACUUCAUGGAAUGCAGUAGUUUCAAUUCUUCAGAACCACACAAGGGGUUGUGUUUCCUGCCCAAGACUGAGUGUAAUGUUGGUGAUGUGGAGGUGGCCAGAGCCGUGCGACUCGGCAAGAGCACCGUGGAACCCCUGGCCUUUAAAGUGCCCCGUGUCAGAAAAGAGUUUUUCCAGGAUGAUAUAUUUCCUGACACUGCUGUGUGGUGGGAAGCGUCACUGACAGCGGCAUCCUGGCUGUCUGGAUCUGAUGGACGACAUCGCAAAGUUAGCCUGCGGCCCAAAGACAUGACACCCGUUAGCGAAGCCCCAAAAGAAGCUCCUGUAAGAAAAUAUCUGCCAUCUUCUGUCUACCUGGAGGAGAAGACUGAUGAACAGAAGAAAGAGGAGCUCCUCAGCGCUAUGGUUGCAAAGCUGGGUAACAGAGAAGAUCCCCUGCCACAGGAGUCUUAUGAAGGAGUGGAUGAAGAGGAGUGGGACGACUAAUCUCAAGCGUUGCCUUGCGGUCGAGUCAGGGUGCCAACAGCAGUGCCCACUGUGUUCUCGCCAUUCCAGGGUGCCAACGUACCUCUGACGUACCUCACACACACACACACACUCCUAAAUCUUCCUUAUCUUCCCAUAUAUACGGCCUGCUGAUUCACUCACACAUACUCUGGUGCCUCUGUUAUAGAGAUAAUCACUUGUUAUCAUUGGUUUAAAUGGGAUUAUACAUGUUUACUAUUAAUGGUUGAAUAUAAAGCUCAGACAUUCAUCUCAGAUGCAUGAUGUGCACACUGUAUGUUUUUAUAAACUUAAAUUUGUGGAACAGGGUCAGACACAACUGUAAUUUUUCAGUGAUUUUAAUAGUGAGCAUCAGUUUUGUACUCUACAUUGUUGAAUGUAUGAAAACUGCAUGAUAGCCAAUGUACUCUGUUUUGUAACACAGAACUUCUCUGGAUUUUUCACUGUUGAAAAGUGCUUGUUAAACCUUUUGCAUUUAUAUUGUGGUAGUUUGUAGGUGUGAUAUGCAGCGUUAUAACAUUGUUUUAUUUGUAUGGAAUGGAACAAAAUAUCUCUGUACCUCAAAACAAAUCAUGGGGAGACUGUUAAAACUGGAAAAAAUAUUUCUUAAUCACAGUAUUAACACAAAUCAAUGCAUAAACUAUUUUAACUCUGAAUCAGGUCAGUAAGGUAAUGCAAUACAACUAAAUUUUUUUUACUAAACAUGUUUACAUGUGCCAGUACAGGAGUCAUGCAUGUUAUUGCACUCCUCCCGUGUGAUGUCGUGUGACGUGUGAUCAUGUAUUCAUAUUUAGACAGUGAAUAUUAUUGGAUAUUAUAGUGGUCUGGUGUUUUUAAUAUACAAGUAAUUUGUUACCAAUCUUUUUGAAAAAACGCUUCUCAACAUGUUUUUAAUACUUUGGAGGCAAUAAAUUGUGUUUUUAAUGGAAUCGGUUUUGUGGAGUGUU